AAUAGAUUCAGUGCCUUGAGUAUAAAAAGAAAUUAAUUUUAGUUUGCAAAGUCACUAGUCUGUAUUUUGUUAGUGCCUCAGUAAGUCUGUAGUAUUUCCACUCACUCAUGGCGUUGAUCAGGGCUGGUUCUUGUUAAUUUUUUAUUUUUCCUUGAUCUGUUUGGCUCCUAGUUUACCAAUUUUGCUUUCGGUGAACUAGCCGUUAUUUAACUGAUGUUACUGUAUUAUGACCUGCAGCACUAGUGCAGGAUGGGUGGGAACAGUUGGGUCCCGAGGACUCCCUGGCCAGUUAACCAGCUAAAAUGCCAUGUUCCAUGUUCAUGUAGAGACUCUGCCCCAAAAGCAAGAUGGAGAAGUGGUUGAGGAAGAAGCCUCAAUGUCAGUUCUCUGGCCUCCACACAUGGCCGUGUGUGCAUGCACAAACAGAACAGGAAUAAUUUAAAUUUGUAUAACUCAUUGAUUUUUUUUAUAAUAUAUAAUUCUCCAUAGACUACUUUGUAAUUAUUGCAUAUUAUCUUAGUUCUUACUGAAAUAUCAUAAUCAAGGCAGCUUAUGGGGCGGGUGUAUUUGGGUCUUGCAGACUCAGAGGGAUAGGAGUCCAUCACCUCUGAGACAGGAGCAUGGCCACUGUGGCCCUGGAGCAGCAGCUGAGAGCUCAUAUUCAGAUCCACAAACAGGAGCAGGGAUGGCAGGAAGAUUCUAAAGCAUCAAAGCCACCCUGUGAUACACCUUCUCCAAUACAACCAUAUUUCCAAAUCCUUCCCAACAGUUCCAGCUAGGACCAAGUAUGCAAGCAGAUGAGCCUCUGGGUGGGUAGGAAGAUGAGGAUCUGGGAGGGAAAAACAUGAUUAAAUGAAUAAAUGUAAUAAAUGAUUAAAUGAGAAAUGUAAUAAAAAAUUACUCUUGUACAUGCAUCUCUGAUUUUUUAUUCAUAUAUAUAUAUAUAUAUGUAUAUAUAUAUAUGAGUGUAUGCCUCGGCGUGUGUAGGUAUUGUCAGAACAGAAGAAGUCAGUGGUUUGCUGGAGUAGUUGAGAGGCACCUGACAUAGGUUCUGGCAACCAAACUCAGGUCCUCUGAAAAGAGUUACAAGUACUCAUUACUGCUGAACCAUCAGUCUAGCUCACAUUUUAGAUUUUUUUUAAGCUUUUGUUAUAUUUCCCCAAUUUUCAAUAUAUUUUUCUUUAUUUGUGGUAAUUGUUUCUUGUUCUGAAGUUUUAGUAUUAAAAUAACUUUUCAUUAGUGUUUUUACGUCGUGAUGUCUUUUCACAUAUGUGUGUGCAUAUAGAUGUACAUAUAUACACUGUAUACCUCUGUCUUCAUUUAUAGUUUUAUGUAGGCUUCAUAGUUGAUUUUAUGUUUCAAGUUUAUUCAGUCAACUACUUAAGUGUUAAGAUCACUAAUGUUUAAUAUAAUUUAUAAUAUAGAGUCAUUAAAAUAUAUAAAUUUCUCCUACUUACAAAGACUUUACUUAGGACAUCUCCACUUCAUGAUAAAACAAAAACAGUAUGUAUACAGUAGAAAUUAUACUUCAGAUUUUGAAAGCCUAUGUUAUAGUACAACACUUUAACAAGGCUAGGUGCCAACAGCUAGUAGCCAGCUACUACGGGUAGCAACUGAUAUCCUACAGUGUACUCAGUAGUUAAACUCUAUGUUUGCUGGUCUAGGUAAAUUAAAUACCUCCUCAGUUUAAUAUUUGCAGCCUAUGAGAAGUAUAUUCUGAUGUGCCUCAUCAGUCAAGAAGCAUCUGUAUGACAGAAUUGCUCUGUUUUUUAUAUGUGUUCCUUCUGUUCUUGGGACUUUUUCUGCCUUCUUUUAAGUAUUUCCAUUUUCCCUCCUCCCCUGUUUUGGUGGUGGUUGUUUGAUUUGGUUUGGCUUGGUAUUCUCUAAAAAUUCCUUUUAGCACUUGCCCUAGUGUAAGGGUCAGCCAUCUACAUCCCGUGACCCAAUCUGGCUACCUUUGUCUCAUUUCCUGUUGUUUCAAUAAAACACCUUGACUUAUGGAGGAAGGGUUUAUUGCCUCGCAGUCCAGGUGACAGUCCAUCAUUGUAGGAAAGGCAAGGCAGCAGGACCCUGCAGCAUGUGGUCACAUUGCAUCCACAGUCAAGAGCAGAAAACAAGUGAGCUACCGCUGCCUGCAGUGCCCAGCUCUUUCUGUUCACUCUUACACAAUCCAAGAUGCCCUGCCCAGGGAUGGCUGCACACACUCACACACAGCCAGCUAAUCUACACAGUCCCUUACUGAGACUCCUUUCCCAGGGGAAUCUAGAUCUUUAUCUAGUUGACAAUUAAAAUCUAACCAUCACACCGGCCUGCCACCUCCUGUAGUUCUGUUGAAGCACAGCAUUACCUUCAUUUACAUAGGUCUGUAGCAGAGGUUAGUAUAGCAGAUUCCAUAUGGCCCUCUAAGCCUGAAAUAUUAUCUGGCAUUUUAUAGACAUCUGAAUUUUUUUAAUUUUACUUGAUACGCUAUAAACAUUUUUAAGUUAGCCUAGAAUGUCUUACGUACCUCAGAACCCUAUAUUUCUGUUCUUUUUAUCUGUGCUAUUAUUGUCAUAUAUUUUGUUCCUACAUACUUUCACUUCUCAUUAUUCACUGUAGUCAGGCUGCACAAAGUUACUACAAACACCACAUUAGCAGUUGCAGACCUAUUGUGCCUAGGAGAAAUAUGGGGUUGGUUUCUAUAAGCUUUUGUUCACAGUACUUUUGUCAGCCAAGAAAUAACAUUAUUUUAUGUAUGCUUCUGCCUAAGGUUACAUUACUUGACAUGCACCAUAAAUUGUUAAUUCACCAACGUACUUCUCAAGCCCAGUAGCUCUAGAAUGCCUACCUGAAUGAUGCAGAUUUAACUCAGCAAAUCUUCAGACCCUCUGGUUCCAUGCAAAUCAAUAUAGUUAGACAAGUAAAUGAUAAUGUGAAGGGACUUUGAAAUAUUUAAAUUAUAUGUUUUAAUGGGGUUAACAUCUCACUUCCUAUUCACCAGAAAAGGAAUGCUUUUUAUACUCUGGGAAUUCAAAACUUCAACAUUUAUUUCCAGGUUAAUAAGAGAGUUGAAUCUAGAUAGAAAAUAAAAGCUAGUGACUGCUUUCUGUGUGGCAGUCUAUAAAGACCUAGAUACUUUUGUCAGUUGCCUAGGUUUCCGUUAUCUACUACUUACUGCUUCAGUUGGAUGAAUAUUUGUGGUGCUCUUACUUUGUUCAGUCACGGUGCUAGAUCCUGUGGAGGCUCCCAGAAUGGAAGGCUCUUUCCUUCCCCCUAAUCACGUUACAUAAAAGAUGAGCUCAUGUCAGGUUAGGGAUCACUGCUAUCUUGUUAGAGAAUUAGGAGAGCCUGUUUUAAACUUUGUUUUUGUGCUCAUACCACCGUCCACUAUAGUUCUUUACCUGGAGAUGUAGGUAGUGCCUUGCCAUUGUUCUCCGGUAGCUUAUAGCGUGGAUAAAGCAAGAUGCUGUUAAUGUCUGUGGCAGUUAGCAAGUAAGCAGAAACGAGUUGUUUAAACACGCGCAAACUCCUCUUUCUCUUUUGUGGUCAAAUAAAUAAAUUUUUGUGACUGUGAUUCCUAGUAGUGCUAUAAAUUUUAUGUAAGCUAGCCCAAGUUACUCAAGAAGUUCAUGGUGACCUCUUCCCCUUACUCCCAGCAGCUAGCUAGACAAACAUCUGUGGUUACUAGCAAAGAGCAGGUGACAGAAAUAUGUGAUUGCUUCUGUAAGCCAUUAUUACUUACAGAAAACAGUGAUGACUCCCAAGGCAUAUGUGUGGUCAGCAUUCCUAAGCUUCAGACACAUACUGGCUGGUUAGUUAGGACUGUGCUCAGUGCCCCACUGCUUGGAUCACCCUUCCUGUAAGUACUGGCAUCCUAGAUAGCCUGCGCCUUAGCGUUCACUGCUGAUUGCAUUCGCCCUUCAGCGUGGACAUACCUGUCAUAUAUCUUUAAGCUCUAUGAAGUCAGACAUUUUGUAGCCACAAUAAACAAACAUCCAAAUGUUUCUUAGUCAAAUACAGGAAUAAACUCCUGAAAAACAGCAUGAUGUCCUGCUUCAAAGCAUAGGUUUUUGGUCAAAUUGAAGUUCAUCUUUACCACUUAUGAGUUACGUGACCUUGGUUUCUUAUGUGAAAAGUGAGGUUGAAAAUAAUGUGUGUAUACACAUGUUUAUGUGUCCUAGAUGUGUUUAUAAAGUGCUUUGCCAAUUACCUAACACAGUAGUUACAUAGUAAAUGCUAACUUAUCAAUGUUACCUACUCAUUUGAUCGUAGUGGUCUCCAAACUCUAAAACAAAGAUAACUGGGAACCAUAACGAUACGAGGUCCUUUCUGUCCAGUCUGUAGAAUUGGUCAGUGGAGAUCUACAAGUAGCUAAAAGCUGCUACCAAGUUAGGUUCAUGUUAAUUUUGUUUUGUGCUUUAUUUAAUGUCUACAUGUCAGAAUCUUACGUUGUAUCGUGUAGAAGAUAAUUGUUUCAGUUGGGUAUGAUGUCAGUCCUAUAACCUCUGUACUCUGAAGACUGAUGCAGGAGGAUCUUGAAUUUGAGGCUAGCCUGAGCAUACAUGGGGUGGAGGAAGGACAGGGAUUUAAAAAAAAAAAAAAAGGUUUCCUUAAUGUGUGAAUUACUCGGUUUUCUAUUAGCACUUCAAGUGCUCCUUUAUUGGUGUGGAAAGUUACAGAGUUUGCUGAUAGUAUCACUUGUAUAAUUUAUUUAUGCUUUUAUUGAACUACAUGUGUAAGCUCAUGAUUUAUUAGAAAUAGUUCAGUGUAUUUCUCAGAAUGUUGGUUUGUUUGGUUAUUUUAUAUUAAUGGUAACUAUAUGUGACUUCAGAAUCUCAUAAUUUUGAGUUCAGCUGAGGUAACUAGUGGUUGAGCAGUAGCUGAGUAAAUGCUUUUUUUUUUUCAAAUUUCCAUAUACUUAGGACUAUUAUCAGAUACAAUGAAAUCAAAAUAUUCUAGUGUUGAAUUUACAUCUCCAAUGAUUAAACUACUAGGAAGGUCCUAUAGAACCAAAGGGCAUAGUAACAAUUGAAUGAGCUUAUAGAAGGCCAUGUGAUAUCAGAAGGGGACAGGAAAACUAACCCAAAGUACAUAAAUAAUUCCAUUAAGGAAAAAGGGGCCAGAUGGGGUUGGAAAGGUGGCUGAGCUAUUAAGAGCACUGGCUGCUCUUCUAGAGGGCCAGUUCAAUUUCCGCACUCAUAUGCAUGAUUCGCAGCUCACAACCAUGUAUAACUCCAGUAUCAGGGGAUCCAGUAUCCUAUUCUGAUCUCUAAGAACACCAGGUACACACAUGGCACAUAGAUGUACAUGUAGGUAAAACAUCCAUACACAUAAGAUAAAAUAGCAAUAGAGGAAAAGGGGGUAGAAAAAUGGCACAUCAGUUCAGAGUAUUUCCUGCUCUCCCGGAGAACUAGAGAUUAUUUCCCAGUAUUUCCAGCUCUAGGAAAUCGGACACCCUCCCUUGUUCUCUUCACAGACCAGCACACAUGGCAUACACUCACUCACACACACAUACACAUACACACUUAAACACUAUAUACAUGCACACACAACUCAAAUACUAUACACACACUCGUAGAUACACAUGCAACACAUAAAAUAAUAAUGAAUCAAAAAAACCUUAGAAAAAAACAGUACUUAGUGAUAAUUAUCUCAAGUAUAAUAAAAAUUUUGAACUUUAAAAGAAAUAUUGUUAGGGCUGGAGAGAUGGCUCAGUGGUUAAGAACAUUGGCUUUUUCAGAGGAGCCGUUCAAUUCCCUGUACCCACAGGGAAACUCACGACUCCCGUAGCCCCAGUUCCAAGAGAUCUGACAUCUCACAGAGAUGCAUGCAGGCAAAACACCAGUCAAUGCUCAUAAAAAAAACUGUUAAAAAUAUUUUAAAAUGUCUUUUAAAAGGUAACAUGAAUGCUUUGUCUUUAAAAGGGACAAAUAGUAUAUAAUUCUUACUUCUCAAAUUACUCUUUUUAAGUUAAAGAUCUUAUUUUUUUUUCUCCUGUCAAUGUUAGUCAGAAAUUUAUCUGGUGUUGUUCUAAAGUCGUCAAGAACAUUAAUUUCAAAAAUCUGAAAACUAGGAAGGGAGCUGCAGUAAUUGGAGUUUGAUGCUACUUAAGCAGGAAUUAGAAAAGUCUGUGAUACAUUUAUUUUAGGUAUAUGCUAUAAAGGAGUCAUGGCAAAAAAAAAAAAAAAACCAACAACAAACGUUUUAAAGGGGGUCACUUUCCCAUAAAUUGAGUUUUGAAAACCCGUUUUAACUGUGGAAGGCACUUAAUGCUGACCCCCACACAGUAAGUUCUAGAGGGAGUAAAUUAAAUGUGCAAACCUGGGUCAAAGGAAAGUCAAUGUAAAAUGGAGCUGGCUGACUGCUCUGUACCAGGAUAACUCACUUCUAGGUCAACAAACCAUAAUGUCAGCUAUAAAAAUAAUAAGACAAAAAUCUGGGUGGAAAACACAGCAAGUGUGAUAAGAUCAGCACCCUCCCCCUAUAAAGUACUCACAUGUUGGAGAGAAACACAGCGACCACACUAAACACUGGGGCAGAUGACACAAAGUGCAUUUCACAAGAUGAUUCAAUAAAUUCGUAAACAAGCACAGCAGAACAUGGUUAAAGUAGUUUUUAAAGGAGUACAGACUAAGUGGUCGACUCUCAUAGACAUACAGUGAUUCGUGGAUUGUAUGAAGCAUAGACCUGCCUAAACACUGACAACGGCUACAUCAGCAUAAGCAGCAAGAUUUUUUUUCCCCAAGAAAUAUCUCUUUAGCUAGUAGGUCACUGUUAGUUGAGUUUUGUGUAAAACUUAGAUAUGACUAAAAGUGGUCACUUUCUGAAUUUCAUCCAAUUUCAUGACACAUCCUGAGGGUGGAGUGAGGUGGAGUUUCUUUUGUUGUUCUUGUUAGCAUAAGCCAAGACUUAGCUUCCUUUUUUUGAGCUUUGAAAGUCUUCCAACAUACUACAUGGAGGUCAAUGCUAGCUUCUUCAUGUCUUUCCUGAGGAAUGCCUUAUUCUCAGUAAACAUAUAUUUGCUUUUAUACUAAAAACAAAGUCAUGCAAAUAAUGGACAUUUUCCUUAUUCUGUAUAAGAACAUGUGUGUAUAUGGUGUGCUGGGAAUUGAACCCAGGGCCUUGGCAAUGCUAAGCAUGCACACUACCACUGAGCUACCCUCGUACUCCUAGACUCCUAUUUAUUCAUAGUUUACAAAGCAAAAUGAACACAAGUGCAAUUUCUACCUUGUAUAAACCGAAGAGGGUGUGUUUGCCAGGAAGCCACAGAGAAAUAGUAGAACUGGCAGUCAAACCUUAGAAUGCCAUCUAGCAGCAGUAGAACUGGGGCUGAGGCAGGUGAAGUGUGCCAAUCAGAUCAGCUGAGUGUCCGAUUAUGAGAAAAUCAGUACUGAGAGAACAUGGCAAAACCCUGGCUCACAGUACAGCAGUGGCUCCUGCAUGGAUUCCAAAUAUUGACACUGUAUUGUCAUUGUUAUUAAUGCAAGGUUUUCUUUUUAAGAUAGGGAAGUUCAUUACCUCAGAACUUAAGAAUCAAGAGAGGGACUGGGAAUGUAGCUUUUCAUUUUAGCCUUAUCUAUUGAUAGGUAUUUUUCAAGUCGCUUAACUCCCGAUCCUGUUUUCUCUUCUGAGAGCCUAAGAUUAGAAUAUCUACCUUUAUAAAUAGUUGUGGUGAUUAAAUACAAAGUUCUUAGUGCAGCCCUGGGACAUAAUGCUCAGAAAAUACACCCAUGGCUUCAGAUUUCAAUGUAGAAAGCUCCUUGGUUCUGUAGAUCUCCUAAACCUUAGUGAGCAUCAGAGUCACUGCAUUUAGUUACAUCAUGUCAACAAAACCUUAUUUUUUAUUUCAGUUCUGAUGUGCUUAUUUAAAAUGGGAGAUUCCGCUCACAGUGUCUGGUACGCGAUGAGUACCCAGUGGAUGUUAGCUCCCUGUUUACUUGCUUUCAUAUUGGUAAGAGGCUUAAACGAUACCCUCUAAAGCUAUUGUUGCUGUUAGUUUGUUGAAGGAAAAAACUAGAGGCAAUUGGAAUGAGAAGGGAAGUUGGUAGAAAGCAGUUCAUUUGAGCUAUAAUGGCAUUUAGUAAAAUUAAAAUUCUGACUAAAGCUGUCUGCUUUUAGGUGAUUUAAAAUACUUGGCUUUAGUUUUGAUCACUUGAAUACUAGAUCUGAAGACCGAAUAUUCAGUGUACUUGAGGGGUGAUUUGGUCUGAAUGAAUGAAUCUAUUGUCUCUAUCAACAUGAAUCAAGUGUAAUUUUCAGUUCUGUCGUAGUGCCUGAGAACCCCAGCUGUGACUUUUGUUUCUAAAACUGGUUGUCAUUCUGUGUUGUUUUUUCCCAUUCUCUCUACUACAGCUGUGUUGCAGUAGCUUCGCAACAUUCUAAUCUUUUUCACACACACACACACACACACACACACACACACACAUACAUAUAUAUGUAUAUAUAUAUACACACACACACAUAUGAAUAUACACACACACAUUAUCUAGGUUAAACAGUGUCAGGCAGUUAUUACUAAAUACUUUAACUGGAGGGAAAAUUAAUUUGCUGCACAUUCAGAUUACAAUCAUAGCUGAAAGAGAAAAGGUCCAGGUGUUAAAGACAAUUCAGAACUAAUUACAAAAUAAGGGGUGAAAGUGUAUUUAAAAAAGAAAAAGGAUUUCUCUGGUUUAUGUCAGAAGUGCAAGUGUUAGCUAAAUUGAGCAACUCUGCUGGCAAGCGAUAUCCAGAGAACUGUGAACUAGAGACGUCGGUGAAAGGGAAGCGUCCAUUCAAGUGCCUGUUGAGCCAGUCCUCACUGACUCCUCUAAACUACUGAUUUUGGCCUUAAGUGAAAACAAGCAUUGGAACUCUUCCCUAUGGUUAAGCACUUUUCAGAGUUGGUGCUAAAUUAAUAUUAGUCUUGUUUCUGACAAUAGUCAACAGAAUUUUUAAUGAGUGCCAGUUAAAUAACUAAGUUCUGGGCUUUUAGGGAGUCUGAGGAAACCUGGAAAGAGAACAUCCUUAGCACGUGUUUUCUGUUAUUUAGUAUAGGUUUUAAAGACACUGUAAAGAUAUGCUUGGCCUUAAGUUUAAAAAUCAAUUUAGUAUUCCAUAUAUACUUAUGUGUGUAUCAACCUCUAACCAAAAUCGGUGUACUUCACUUACCUAUAAUGAAAACAAAAUUGUAUGUGUUAAAACUCUAAGGGUUUCUUAUUUUUAUACUACCUUUUAAAAAUGCCUAAUGACAGGUAAAUAAUUCACUCAGAUAGUAUUGAAUUCUGAAGUUGCUUGUUAACAUUCAAAUUGAUGUAUUGCCAAGUAAAAUAAAAGUUUUGCAAGCUUCGUACCUUAUCUGACACUUUACUAACAGAAGUUGGUGGCAUGAGAUUUUAUGAGACAAGGCUUCAGUGUUUAGCCGCCGUUAGUCUAGAACUGGGAAAACCUUCAUUUUGCACAAGGCAGAGGAACUACUGACAAAAAAAAAUUUCCAGAGUGUGGAUUCUUUGGCAUGUAUGAUAAAAUUCUUCUCUUUCGCCACAACAUGAACUCAGAAAACAUUUUGCAGCUGAUUACCUCAGCAGAUGAAAUACAUGAAGGGGAUCUUGUAGAAGUUGUCCUGUCAGCUUUGGCCACAGUAGAAGACUUCCAGAUCCGCCCUCAUGCUCUCUAUGUCCAUUCUUACAAAGCACCUACUUUCUGUGAUUACUGUGGUGAAAUGCUCUGGGGAUUGGUACGUCAAGGAUUAAAAUGUGAAGGCUGUGGAUUAAAUUAUCAUAAACGAUGUGCCUUCAAGAUUCCAAAUAACUGCAGUGGAGUAAGAAAGAGACGUCUGUCAAAUGUGUCUCUGCCAGGACCUGGCCUCUCAGUUCCGAGACCCCUGCAGCCUGAAUGUGUGCCCCUGCUCAGUGAAGAGUCACAUACUCACCAAGAGCCAAGUAAGAGAAUCCCGUCCUGGAGUGGUCGUCCGAUCUGGAUGGAAAAGAUGGUAAUGUGCAGGGUCAAAGUUCCACACACGUUUGCUGUCCACUCUUAUGGCCGACCCACAAUAUGUCAGUACUGCAAGCGGCUGCUCAAAGGCCUCUUUCGCCAAGGACUGCAGUGUAAAGAUUGCAAAUUCAACUGCCACAAACGCUGUGCAUCCAAAGUACCACGAGACUGCCUCGGCGAAGUUACUUUCAAUGGAGAGCCUUCCAGUGUGGGAACUGAUACAGACAUGCCGAUGGAUAUUGACAGUAAUGAUGUGAACAGUGAUGGCAGUAGGGGCUUGGAUGACUCAGAGGAGCCCUCCCCUCCCGAAGACAAAAUGUUCUUCCUCGACGCGGCCGAUCUGGAUGUGGAGCGAGAUGAGGAGCCGGUUAAGACAAUCAGUCCAUCCACAAGCAAUAAUAUCCCACUGAUGAGGGUGGUCCAGUCCAUCAAGCACACAAAGAGGAAGAGCAGCACAGUGGUGAAGGAAGGGUGGAUGGUCCACUACACCAGCAGGGACAACCUGAGAAAGAGACAUUAUUGGAGACUUGACAGCAAAUGUCUAACAUUGUUUCAGAAUGAAUCUGGAUCAAAAUAUUAUAAGGAAAUUCCACUUUCAGAAAUUCUCCGCAUAUCUUCGCCACAAGAUUUCACCAGCAUUUCACAAGGCAGUAACCCACACUGUUUUGAAAUCAUCACUGAUACUGUGGUAUACUUUGUUGGUGAGAACAAUGGGAACAGCACUCAUAACCCUGUUCUCGCUGCCACUGGAGUGGGACUCGAUGUAGCACAAAGCUGGGAAAAAGCGAUCCGCCAGGCCCUCAUGCCCGUUACUCCUCAAGCAAGUGUUUGCACUUCUCCAGGCCAGGGGAAGGACCACAAAGAUCUGGCUACCAGUAUCUCCGUGUCUAACUGUCAGAUUCAGGAGAAUGUAGACAUCAGCAGUGUUUAUCAGAUCUUUGCCGAUGAGGUGCUUGGUUCUGGCCAGUUUGGCAUUGUUUAUGGAGGAAAGCACAGAAAGACAGGAAGGGAUGUGGCUAUUAAAGUAAUCGAUAAGAUGCGAUUCCCCACAAAGCAAGAGAGUCAGCUCCGGAAUGAAGUGGCUAUUUUACAGAAUCUGCACCAUCCUGGGAUUGUAAAUCUGGAAUGUAUGUUUGAAACCCCAGAACGAGUCUUCGUAGUGAUGGAAAAGCUUCAUGGAGAUAUGUUGGAAAUGAUUCUGUCCAGUGAAAAAAGUCGACUUCCAGAACGGAUUACUAAAUUCAUGGUCACACAGAUACUUGUUGCCCUGAGGAAUCUACAUUUUAAGAAUAUCGUGCACUGUGAUUUAAAGCCCGAAAAUGUGCUGCUUGCAUCUGCAGAACCUUUUCCUCAGGUGAAGCUAUGUGACUUUGGGUUUGCCCGCAUCAUUGGUGAGAAGUCGUUCCGGAGGUCAGUGGUGGGAACUCCAGCCUACUUAGCCCCCGAGGUUCUCAGGAGCAAAGGCUACAACCGUUCCCUAGACAUGUGGUCGGUGGGAGUCAUAGUCUAUGUGAGCCUCAGUGGCACCUUCCCGUUCAAUGAAGAUGAAGAUAUAAACGACCAAAUCCAAAAUGCUGCAUUUAUGUACCCACCAAAUCCAUGGCGAGAAAUCUCCAGCGAAGCAAUUGAUUUGAUAAACAACUUGCUUCAAGUGAAGAUGAGAAAACGUUACAGCGUUGACAAGUCCCUCAGUCAUCCCUGGCUACAGGACUAUCAGACUUGGCUUGACCUCAGAGAAUUCGAAACUCGCAUUGGAGAACGUUACAUCACACAUGAAAGUGAUGAUGCUCGCUGGGAAAUACAUGCAUACACGCACAAUCUCGAAUACCCAAAACAUUUCAUUAUGGCCCCCAACCCGGAUGACAUGGAGGAAGGUCCUUAGUUGUGAGUGGGCUAAUCCUAUAAGGAAGGGUUUCAUUUCAAGACGGAUACUUUGCUGCAUGACUGUUGCUCUCUGCAGACUGUCAUUGCAAGGCGGCAGCAUCAUGAGGACAUAGAAGGACGUGCUGGCAUCAAUUCUGUAGCUCAUAACGAGUAGGUACAUGAAGGGAAACUGAGUAAGAAAUUCAAAAUGGAACUUGUUAUAAAUUUUUAUAGCAUAAGCAAUAACUGGUUCUGUAAUUUCCUAAUCCUUCACAUUAGCACAAUGUGAACUAGCACCUAAUUUAUCUCUCCUUUGCUGUUAUUAGAUCAUUUGUUUUAAAGGCCUAUGACUGUCUAGCUAUUGUUUAUAAGGUUGAUUACUCAACAGGUUUGCAGUUAAGCAGUAACCACGAGGCUAACAACAUAUGGUUUGCUGUAAGGACUUUUAGUAUUUGUCCACUGUUGGAGGCAUUGAUUCUUCCUGGACCCCUACAAACAGAACACUGCACUGCUCCCCUUGUGGUGGAUGCCUCUUUACAUACGGUCUGUGUGACAUAAGUCGUGACUCUUUCCAUGUCGUAGUAGUCACUAGAACUGAACAGUUGGUGUUACAAAUGAGUAGAACUAGCUGGUGAGCACUCGGCUGUGCCACUGAGCACGUAUAUUCUCAAUUGACACCAUCUUAAUAUGGUGUGCCAACAGUGUGUGGGCACAACUCUGCAUUUAACUAAUUUAUCCUUACCUGGAGCUGAAUAAAUUAUAGACAAAAUUACAUACUAAAGAGGAAAGCUAGUACGGGGUCAGUAAAUGUCACUACACAACAAGCAGUAUCAUUUCCUUCUUCCCUUAGCCUUUGGGUGGGAUUUGCAAAUAUCUCGUUUUUUAAAUUAGCAUUGUAUUUUUUUUUUUUUUUGGUUCUUUUUUUUCGGAGCUGGGGACCGAACCCAGGGCCUUGCGCUUCCUAGGCAAGUGCUCUACCACUGAGCUAAAUCCCCAACCCCUAGCAUUGUAUUUUUAGACGGUUUGGAGGAGUGGUUGAAGUCAGACAGGAAAGUCCAGCUUAUCGGGAGUUUACCAGUACAGCGGAUGAAGGAAGAGUAAGAACAUCCUACACUUCAGCUCCAGAGCCAGCCGUUUUGUAGUAGUUAUUAAUACAGGUUCAGUAUCCCUAUUUCCGCUGCUCUACACCGGGAGGGCUUCAGUUUCCAGAUACUGAAAUGUUUGCAGACUCUACUAGUUGAGCAUCCUGACUUACAAAUCUGAAACCCCCCAAAUUCAAAAACCUUUGAGUUCUGUGCCCUUCAGAUUUCUACAUUAGCGAUAGUCCCAUCUGUGCUUUACCCAAAGAAAAGGAUCCAGGACUAUCUGCUUGUGAGAAAUAUAGUAGCUGUUUGUUUCUUCAUUCAUCACUAGUCACCAAGAACAGUUUUUCUUAUUUCUCCCUUUCUGUGCUAAAAGCAAAAAUUUGGAAUCAGAAAACCUGAGUUUAAGUUUUAGUGUCUGUACUCUGUAGAUCUGUUUGGCUGAGCAGGUGACAGUUUGUCUGAGCACUUAGUUUCUCAGUCUGGAGAGUGGACACCAUAAAUUCCUACUGCCUCUUUCAAUGUGGCUGUGAAGAUUGGGCUGUGUGACCGCUUCUGACAAUCUGGAACGCCAGUGUCGUCACUUCCCACUGGUCCCGAGAUAGCAAAGGAAAAAGUUGGUGUGUGAACAGACUAAAACUAAGUGCCCUGGCAGGUGAGAGAGCAGCUGCAGGUAUCUUUCUGACAUGUAAAAUGUCCUUGAAGAAACACAGACAUUAGGGGUGCCUCUGUUGUAAAUGUUUAUGCUUUAAACUGUCCUCACAUUAGGCUAAGCACACUUAAAGAAGUUGAGGCACACGGUUAGCUGUUGAAGGUCACUGAGUAAAUAUGGAUUUAAACCGAGGCCUUCAUGUCCCUUCAACCGUCCCAGCCAUUGGCAAUGUACUGUAUAUCUGUAAGCAUUUCCAGAAGACUUUCCAAACUGUCUCUGUGGUUGUUUUCAUACAGCAGUUGUGAAGAGUAAUUUUAAAAAACUUGUAAGAAUGGAUUUUUCAUUUCUGCUGAGUUUGCUUGACCAGUAUGUACAAGAUGGAGCUAGUGUGUGUCACUAGCCCACUGUGGCUUUACUGUGUGUGUGGAAACUAACUGGAGUGACUGCUGGGUUGCUGUACCUCUGUAAUCAGACUUUACAAGCCAUGACAUUAAUUGCACUCUGUUUUCGUUGAAGCCCUAUGCUGUUUAAAGAGAGACUGUAAAGGCACUGUCGUAGUUGGGAGUUGAGUAAUACUCCACUGUGUAACCUGCAUAACUUUUGUCAUUGUCUUAAAGCCAAGCUGUGUUUGCAUAAAAAGUAAUUGUUUCUUAGAAACAUGUGACAAUUUUCAAAGUAGUGUAUAAUGACACUGUUUAGUACAUUUUAUAUUUUUUGUUACAUCCCACUUUUGUAAAUAUUCUUAAAACUUGAUAAUAAAAUGUAUUUCUCUAUCA